CCAGCAGCUCCCCCCGGACCCCUCUUAGCCUGGGGAUUUUGACUCAUCUUUAUCAUUCAUAUGUCAACAAGUGAUAAAGUCCUUGGAAUUACAAUGAGUCCUAUCAGAAACAUUUGUGUGCUGUGUAGCAUCAUUAUGUCAGUGUAUGGCUGGGCUCCAAAGGUGCCAGAAGAAAGGGAACUGACUACCAGUUGCACCAAUAUGUCUCUAAGAAAGGUUCCUGCAGACUUGAUCUCAACCACAACAACACUGGAUUUAUCCUACAACCUCCUUUCUCAACUUCAGAGUUCAGAUUUUCAUUCUUUGUCUAAACUGAAAGUUUUGAUUCUCUGCCAUAAUAGAAUCCAACAGCUGGAUACCAAGAUCUUUGAAUUUAACAAGGAGUUACUAUAUUUAGAUUUAUCUUACAACAAACUAAAGACUGUGACUUGGCAUUCAUUGACAAGUCUGAGACAUCUAGAUCUUUCUUUCAAUGACUUUGACACCAUACCUAUCUGUGAACAGACUGGCAACAUGUCACACCUGGAGACCUUAGGUUUGAGUGGGACAAAAAUACAAAAAUCAGAUUUCCAGAAAAUUGCUCAUUUGCAUCUAAACACUGUCUUCUUAGGAUUGAAAACUCUUGCUCAUUAUGAAGAGGGUAGCCUGCCCAUCUUAAAUACAACAAAACUUCACAUUGUUUUACCAAUAAACACAAAUUUCUGGGUUCUUUUGUGUGAUGGAAUGAAAACCUCAAAAAUAUUAGAAAUGACAAAUAUAGAUACCAAAAGCCAACUUGCAAGUUAUGAAACUAAACAAAAUAUUUUAGAGAGUACCAAGACAACUGUCCUGUUACUUAAUAAAAUUGAUUUACUCUGGGAGGACCUUUUCCUCAUCUUCCAAUUUGUUUGGCAUACGUCAGUGGAAUAUUUCCAGAUCCAAAAUGUGACUUUUGGAGGUAAGGUUUAUGUUGACCACAAUUCAUUUGACUAUUCACAUUCUGUAAUGAGAACUGUAAAAUUGGAGAAGGUACAUUUCAGGAUUUUUCAUAUUCCACAAGACAGAGUCUACUUGUUUUUUACCAAAAUGAAUAUAGAAAAUCUGACAAUAUCAGAUGCACAAAUGCCACACAUGCUGUUUCCUACUUAUCCUACAAGAUUCCAAUAUUUAAAUUUUGCUGAUAAUAUCUUAACAGAUGACCUAUUUAAAAAGCCUAUCCAAUUGCCUUAUUUGAAAACUCUCAUUUUGAAAGGCAAUAAGUUGGAGACAUUUUCUUUGGUUAGUUGCUUUGCUAAUAAUACAUCCUUGAAGCAUCUAGAUGUUAGUCAAAAUCUGUUACAACAUGAAAAUGAUGAGAAUUGCUUGUGGCCAGAAACCUUGAUCAACAUGAACCUGUCAUCCAAUAAAUUUUCUGACUCUGUCUUCAAGUGCUUGCCUAGAAGUAUUCAGACACUUGACCUGAAUAAUAACAAAAUUCAUACUGUCCCUAAAGAGAUUAUUCAUCUGAAGUCUUUGAGGGAACUAAAUCUUGCAUUUAAUUUUCUAACUGAUCUUCCUGGAUGCAGUCAUUUCAGAAGACUCUCAAUACUAAACGUUGAAAUGAAUUUAAUUCUUAGUCCAUCUCUGGACUUUUUUCAGAGCUGUCAAGAAGUUAAGACUUUAAAUGUAGGAAGAAAUCCAUUCUGGUGUACUUGUGAGUUAAGAGCUUUCAUUGAAAAAUACUCAGAGGUCAUGUUGGUUGGAUGGUCAGAUUCAUACAUAUGUGAAUAUCCUUUGAAUCUAAAGGGGACUCAGUUAAAGGAUGUUUACCUUCCUGAAUUAUCCUGCAACACAGCUCUGUUGAUCAUCACCAUCGUGGUUAUCAUGCUAGUUCUGGGGAUAGCUGUGAUCUGCUGCUGCUUCCACUUAGAUCUGCUUUGGUAUCUCAGGAUGUUAUGUCAAUGGACACAGAUAUGGCACAGGAUUAGGAAGACAACUCAAGGACAACUCAAGAGAAAUGCUCAAUUCCAUGUGUUUAUCUCAUACAGUGAACAUGAUUCUGCCUGGGUAAAGCAUGAAUUGAUCCCUAAUCUAGAGAAAGAAAAUGGUUCUGUCUUGAUUUGCCUUCAUGAGGGAAACUUUGACCCUGACAAGAGCAUUGCUGAUAAUAUCAUAAACUGCAUCAAGAAAAGCUACAAAUCCAUCUUUGUUUUAUCUCCCAACUUUGUUCAGAGUGAGUGGUGCCAUUAUGAACAAUGCUUUGCACAUCACAAUCUCUUCCAUGAAAGUUCUGAUGACAUAAUUCUUAUCUUACUGGAACCCAUUCCACUCUACUGUGUUCCUCCCAGGUAUCCUAUGCUGAAAGCUCUCAUGGAAAAGAAAGCAUGCUUGGAAUGGCCCAAGGAUAGGCGUAAAUAUGGACUUUUUUGGGCAUACCUUCGAGCUGCCUUUAAAGUUAAUUUGUUAGAAACCAGAGAGAUGUGUGAGCUACAAACAUUCACAGAGCUGAAUGAAGAAUCUCGAGGUUCUGCAAUGUCUCUGAUAAGAACAGACUGCCUAUAAAACCUUCCCUUCCUUAGAGGAACUGGGGGCUGCCUAUACUAUGGGAUGAUACAACUUAUGAUGGCAAUUAGGCAAUAUCUAUUAAAAUAAAAAAAAAACAAGUUCCAUCAUCAUGUCAGUUCCUUGAUGGUUUUCUAAGAAUGUAUCUAUCCCACAGAAACACAAAUUUACAAAGGCUUAUAUAAAAAUGUGCUCAUCCGAUUAUUAUGAUUAUGAAAAAACAGCUCAAAUGUCCACAAAUAAGGAUCAAUUCAAUAAAUUACAGUACAUUUCUAUAAUAGAAUAUUACACAGCCAUUAAAAAGAAUGAGGUAGCUAUAUAUUUAUUGGUAUG